CCUCCCCCCUCCCGCUCCGCAUUUUCCUGCCUCCGCCUUUGUCCUUUCUUCCCCCCCUCUCCUCCGCCUUCCCCCUCUUUAGCCCAUUGUCCUUCCCGUCCCCCUCCCCCUAAACAAUGUCCGCCUCGGGGGAUGACGUCUUUGUCGAUGUCAGCCACGACGACGAGGGCGACACCAAUGAUGCCAGCAGCUCCGCCGCCCAUGGCGAGGGGGGCAGUUACCAGAGAAAGCAGGCCUGGGAGGCCGAUUACCAAAAAACCUGGGACGGCGGCAAGGAGAAGUCCGCCGAAACCGAGGCCCUCCUCAAGAAGCGCCAGCGCCAGCAGGCCCUGGUCAACAACCGGCUGACGCGAAUUCGCCUUUCCAAUGAGGAGGUGCUCGCUUCGCGGAAUCCAAUUCGCCGGGCCCUGCUCCGGCGUGUUCUGCUAGUUGUGGACCUGUCCGAGUCGAUGGCCAUCCGGGAUGCGCCGUCUCUGACCUCCGGCGCAUCGGCCAGCAGCUCGGCCCACGCCGGCACCGGGUCCACGCGGCUGGGCUAUGUGCUGCACGAGCUGGAGCGCUUCACGCGGGAAUUCCGCGAGCGCAAUCCCCUGGCCAGCAUCGGCUUGGCGGUGGCCGGUGGCGGCGUGGGCGGCAAUGCGGCGGCCGCCAUCGCCGGUGGCAGUGGCGGCGCCAGUGCCGAAGUCCUGGUGUCGGUUGGCUCGCCGGCUGCCGAUCUCAUUUCCUCCCUCCGGUCGUUGCAGCCCUCGGCCUCGGCCCACAGCACCAUGGCCUUCGCCUCCAGUGUCUAUGCGCCGCAGGGGGAAUUCUCGGCCGAGGCGGCCUUGCGCUUGGCGCUGCGCGAGCUGGCCCCCAACCAGGCCGGCGUGGAAAUGCUCUGGCCCAAUGGGGCGGGGGCGCCGCCGGAUGCACACGCCCCGCCCCAGCAUCGGGACUAUGUCAGCCGCGAGGUCCUCUUUGUGGUGUCGUCCCUGUCCUCCUGCGAUAGUGGCGAUGUCUUCUCGGCGGCCGAGUCCCUGCGGAAGGCCGGCGUGCGCGUUUCGUUCGUCGCCCUGUCGGCCGAGACCCGGCUCUUCCGCUUCAUUGCCGAACAAACGCGCGGCCAGCACUCGGUGGUGUCCAACUUUUCGGCCCCCCCCUCCUCAUACCAUGGGUCCGAUGUGUCGCGCAUGUACGCCCAUCUGCCACCCAGCCUGGCGGUCCUCAAUGAGGACGAAGCCGCGGCCGAUGAGGAUGGCGAUGACGGGACCCUGGCCGCGCUGUUGAUGGCCCACGUCGAGCCGCCGCCCUUCCUGGGACCGCCUGCCGGGACCACGCCCACGGCCCCGGGCAGCCCCACGGCCGCCACCUCCCCAGACACUCCCUCCGAGCAGGAAAGCGUUGUCCUGCCCGGGCGGGGCUUCCUCCCGGCCCUGCCGCUUGGGCAGCCGCCCGCUGCCCGGUCACCGGACGCCGAGGCCCUGGCCGCCGCGCUGGACCCGCUGCGGGAGUUUGUCGAUGUCAAUGACCUCUUCGGGCCGCUGAUGGAGAUCGGCUUCCCGCAAGAGCGCGCCACCCCGGCCGGCGCCAUGUGUGUGUGGUACGCGGACGUUGGGCGCCCUGUCACAACUUUGGCCCUUUCCCCUCCUGCCCUCGGCCAUUUGUUGACCUUGUGACAUUCUUGUGGGGGCAACCUUUCCCGGAUGGUGGUGGUGGUGAUGGUGGGGAUGGUGGUUGGGGGGGGGGCUCGGAUCUACCAGCCACCAGCGCCCGGUUCCCGCGCCGGCUCCCAAUCAAAAGGACUCGGUCGAUCCGGUCACCGGCCACAAUGGUUUCGAUUGUCCCCGGUGCGGGGCUCUGCUGUGUGCCCUCGGUGCUGGGGCCCUGACUUCCAGCCUGGCGGCCACCGGAGCCACGUCCGAUGCUGGGGGCGGCGGGGCUGCCAGUGCCCUUGGCACUGUUUCCGGCAUCGCCCGGUGCCCGGUCUGCUGCCUCUCCUUGCUGGCCGCCGCGCCGCACCUGGCUCGGGCGUAUCAUCACCUUUUCCCGGCGUCGGCCACCUUCCGAGUGACCUGUGUCGAGUCGAGGUGCGCAUUCCGGCGAACGGGCCGAGAGGCGGGUGCUCACUUCACCCUUGCGCCAACAUUCCGUGUCUAAUCCCCCUCGCUGCUGCCCAUGUCGCCGCCACCGCCACCAUCCUCGCUGUCGUGGCUUCCGUCCUGCGGCCUCUUCUCGUUGGCUGUGUAGCGAUGAGCGCCUGUGCCGGUCCUGUCAGGCGCCGCUGGUGCCGGAGCAGCUGGCUCGGGCCAUCACCGAGCAAAUCUCGCGCGCGUCAACGUCCACGGAGAAGCUCCUGGCGGCCGAGGGCGCCGGUGGCGCUUCGGCCACGGCUACUGUCAUCGCUGACGACAUGGAUCCGCUGGCUACCGACGAGAAUGCCAUUGAAGUGGCCCAGUGCCCCCGGUGCGAGGCCCUGCAUUGCGCCGCAUGCGCUCGGUAUGUCCGAUCGUCGCUGCACAAUUGCGUCGGCUGCCUUGGGGGGUGAUCCUUGCGCUCGGGCACGAGCAUGCGAGGCACGAGCUCUGCUUGUACUGUCUGAAUCCCCCCCCCCCUCCCCUCUGUCCACAGAGCGAAUAGAGCAAAAA